CCUUCAUCGGCGUCAUGCAGGUGCCAUAGCUCUCUCUUCUCUCGUCUCCCUAACCGCGAGUAACUACGGUUCGACAUUACAUCUUGCGACUCUUGACUAUCGUCACUCCUAGACAAGUUAAAUUUACUCGAGACGAGAGAUUCCUUCGGGCGCAUCUACUCUUGCCAGAAUGUCCUCGUCAUCUGGUACCCCGGAAUCUUGGAUUUCCUCCUUCUGCUCUCUCCUGGGCCACGAAUAUUUCGCAGAAGUGUCCGAAGAAUUUAUCGAAGAUGAUUUCAAUCUAACUGGAUUGCAGACACAGGUCGCGAUGUAUAAGGAAGCUUUGGAGAUGAUACUCGAUGUUGAACCCGAGGACGACGAUGAAGAGGAUGAGGAAGAAGAAGAUGAUGAGGAGGACGAAUCUAUCGAGGGUGUUGACCGUCCGCGACACGGCGAACGACGCAACCAUAGUCGAAUAGCCAGUGAUCUGUCCGUUAUCGAAUCCUCCGCCGAGAUGCUCUACGGCCUAAUCCACCAGCGCUUUAUCUGCUCACGAGCAGGCAUUCAACAGAUGUCGGAGAAGUAUGAGCUGGGCCACUUCGGUGUAUGCCCUCGAAGCCAUUGUGAACAGUCUCGGACUCUCCCAGUUGGGCUCUCUGAUAUACCUGGCGAGGAAACGGUUAAGCUUUUCUGUCCUUGUUGUCUCGACGUCUACGUACCUCCCAAUAGCCGUUUCCAGACUGUGGAUGGUGCUUUUUUCGGCCGCACGUUUGGGGCACUCUUCUUACUCACUUUUCCCGAAUACGACCUUACAAAACGAGGUGCUGAUGUACUAGCAAAUGCGCGCGUGAGCGACGACGAUAAGGAGAUGCUUAAUGGCAUGUACACAUGCAAUAUCGCACCUGGGCUGGGCAGCACCAAGAUAUACGAGCCCCGUAUCUAUGGCUUCCGUGUUUCGGAGGUUGCGCGCUCAGGCCCACGAAUGCAGUGGCUACGAGAUAAACCGGAUAAUAUUUCAGAAUUAGAUGAAGCACGCCACCAUGCAGAGGCCAACCCUGAUAGCGACGAUGACGACGAAAGUAUGAAUUUAAAUGGUCGGCCUGUGCGAAGACUACGGUCGCGAAGACGACAUGGCCAAGGGGGAAGCCCUAUGGCUAUAGAGGCGAAUGGGGCAGACUCAGAGCUUUAAGAGAACAAGUCGAAUGGCAGAUGUGACCAGAGAGUAGUGGUGGAGGCAACCAUCUCCACUCGCCAGAAGUCCCAUAGGUGAA